AUAAAAAUAAAAAUAAAUAAAAAAUACGUCAUACUUUUAUCCGAUUUUGGGGGAUAGAUUUCUUUUUUGCCCUUUUUUUUUUCUUAGCGUUUCUAGUAUGUCAAAUCGAAUGCUUGUUUUGGUUGGCUUACCAGGUUCUGGUAAAAGCACUAUAUCAAACAAGCUAAUUCAAUGUAAACCGGUAAAUAUAAUACGCUUCAAAAAAUUAGUUUUUUUUUUAUUUUUUUUAUUUCUGAAUUUAUUUUAAGGAAUGGCAACGUGUGAAUCAAGAUGAUAUGAAAUCAAGAAAAGCAUGCGAGAUGUAUACAAAAAAGUUUUUAAAUCAAAAGCAAAACGUUAUUAUUGAUCGAUGUAAUUUUGAUCGAGAACAAAGAAAAACUUGGAUUGAGAUUGCACAACAUUAUAAAGUGCCUAUCGAUUGCAUUGUGUUGACGGCUGAUCAAACGGAAUGUGGUAACCGUAUACUUGUACGUGAAAAUCAUCCAACAGGUGUUAGCGGUAAUGAGGGUAUUCACGUAUUAAGGCGAUUUGUAAAAAAUUAUCAUCCUCCUACAUUAGAUGGAGGGGAAGGCUUUUCUCGUAUUCUUUAUCUAAAUCCUAGCCCAGAUCCAGUUUGUACAACUGAACGAAUUAACGAAAUAUUUACAUUACUAGAAGCAUGUCCGCUUCUUAUACCUGAAUAUGUACCUACUCAUUACGAGAAGCCUAAAAUUACAAUAGACAGUGACGGAUGGGCAACAAUACCAAAAAGAAAUAACAACAGCAGCGAUAAUAAGCAAUAAUAAUAAACCAAUAGUACUAAACCAAAUUUCUAUACAUAAUAGGAUUAAAUGGGCUCUAUUUACAUUUGUUUAUUUAUUGCCUUAAUUGAAAUGCAUAAGAUAAUUAUUGAGAAAGAUAAAAAAAAAACUUACGAUAAGCGAUCCGAACCAUACAUAUUAAGAAUGAUACUUUAACUUAAAAAAAAAGUAUAACUGCCUUUGUGCUUAAAAAAG